GGCUCCUGUCCCGGCAUCUGUGCUGGCCGGGGGGUCGCAUCACAAGGGCGGUCGCAUCAGGGGGCGCCGGAGCAACCCGGGGGACUCCCGUCCGAUGCUCCAGCCUUCGCAUCCCUCCCCUUCCCUGUCCCGCCGGAUCCUCCCUCUUGCUGACCCCACCAGCCCAGUGGGACCGUGGGUCCCUCCCGGUGUCACUGAGUCCGCCCCGGCACUGCCUGGGAAUGGCUGACUCGAGUGCCCCUUGCGGGAGUUCGCGCAUCCCCAACCGCUGCCGUGCCCACCUUCGUGGCCCUAUCGCGCUGAACUUUUCCCCGACGCUUAUCCCUACCCGUUGGCUUGUGGCCCUUCGUACUGCCUACUCUGUUGGACUUUGACAGGCUUUUCCCUUCUGGAGAGUUUCUACUCUUGGUCCCAGCCGAGAUCUCACCUCCUCCGGGAAGCUCUCCUUAUGGGGUUUGGUUGUGCCCUGUACUUUGUCUGAGGUAGCACCUGUCACACCGGGAUCCGCUGAUUGCUCUCCCUACCCCUACCUACCCACGCUGGGUCAGGGAAGGGACCUUGCCUGGACUGGGCCUGGCACUUGACCCAUACUAGGUGCCUAACAGAUAUUUAGUGAAUGAGUGAAUGAAAUUACCCCUUCGUGGACCAACCAGAGCGGCUGGACUUUAUUACCUGGCAGAACUGAUAGAAGAAUAUACAGUGGCCACCAGCAGGAUCAUAAAAUACAUGAUCUGGUUCUCCACAGCUGUGCUGAUUGGCCUCUACGUGUUUGAGCGCUUCCCUACCUUCAUGAUUGGCGUGGGCCUCUUCACCAACCUCGUCUACUUUGGCCUCCUCCAGACCUUCCCCUUCAUCAUGCUGACCUCGCCUAACUUCAUCCUUUCAUGCGGGCUAGUGGUGGUGAAUCAUUACCUAGCAUUUCAGUUUUUUGCAGAAGAAUAUUACCCUUUCUCAGAGGUCCUGGCCUAUUUCACUUUCUGUCUGUGGAUAAUCCCGUUUGCGUUCUUUGUGUCCCUGUCGGCUGGGGAAAACGUCCUGCCCUCCACCAUGCAGCCAGGAGAUGACGUGGUCUCCAAUUACUUCACCAAAGGCAAGCGGGGCAAACGCUUAGGGAUCCUGGUUGUCUUCUCCUUCAUCAAAGAGGCCAUUCUACCCAGUCGUCAGAAGAUAUACUGAACCCCUUGGGGAGGGGAUACGGGGACAAGAUCAGGAGAGUAGGGGCCUGGGCCUCUGCACUAGACGGGGGCUGUGAGCCUGGAAGGCACCGUCCCCUGGCCCUGGCCCUUGUCCCCUUGACUCUCCCUGAAGUCCUCAUCCCCACCUUCCUUGAAGGGCUCAGCUUGGCUCAGAUCUGACACUGCUAGAGGCUGCGACCUCAGAGGGCACCGGGGAGGAUGGCAGAGCCUGCUUAGCCAGGAGGCCACGGUCCAUCUGGUUAGGCAGAAGCUGAGCUCUCUGUGACCCUCCUGCCCGCCUCCGUGGUGUCAGGAGGUUCUGGCUCAGCUGGGGCAGACAGGGCAGGAGCUAUGAAGCUGGAGAGCAGACAGGAAUAAGUUCUCUGGGCACAUGGCCGUGGGGAGGCGCCGUGGCUUGGCACUUCUGAGAGAAAUAGUUUUUGCUGUUGAACUGUGAUUUCUGUCCCAAGUGCUGGUUCCCAUUUGAAUAAAGAUUCUAGGUGGCACUGUUUGCCUUAAUAUCCUGAAA